AUGAGCAACCUCAAGCCGCUGAAUCUUCGAUUUCAUCGACCUCGUCUGCGAGCGUAUAGCAUUCGAUUGUGAAUCGAUAGGUCGCAGUCUGGUGGUCAACCGGGCCUGGCUGAGGGGGUUCGUUGGUAGUUUAUACGACUGGAGACGCACCGGGGCUUCCCCGGGUCAGAGAGAGAGUCGACACCUCCCCGGCUUCCGGUUCCGGACAAGGGACGGCAAGACCGCUUCCAGUUCUCAUCGAUGAUCAUGAUCGCGGCGCCCUACGUUGCUCCGUAAAGCUUAGAUCUUUUUGUAAACUCGGAGCACUAAGAUGGGGCCCGCGCCGGACGCCACGGUCGCAGAAGGCCAGGUCAAUGUCAGCGCAAUGCUUCCUCUAGACUGAGAGGCUCCCUCACCGAAAGCUCUCUGUCCGUCGUUGGAAGCCGGCGUGACGGCAAAGCUUAUGGGAGAAAGGAGGACACAGCAGAAGAUCUACAGCGGAGGAGGGAAGCUAUUCCCCUCUAACACAGCGCGCAGUCGCCUGCAGCUACUCGGUGACUAUCUCCUUCCAUUGCGGCAAUCCGCCGCCACCCAGGUCUCUGCCACUUCCUUGGGGGCUCCAGGAGAGGGCCCCGGCGACGCUCCUGCAGCUUCCGCCAUGAUAUCGUCUAUGGAAGUUCCCGCAGAGGCAGAUGUUGCGGGGAGGGCUUACUGUGGUGAACGCGGCAGGCUUAUCGCAGGCGAUGUAGCGCAAGCACUCGACUUCGUCCUGCCGGUGGGCGCAGAGAUCGACUGCCGUCUUCUCUUCCUCCUGGUAAGGGCCCCUGUGAAGCCGCCCUUGAGCGCCGUACUUGUUGGAGGUUAUAGCGGAUCGGACCUCGUUACGCCCAGAAUCUCCAUCGUUCCAGAUAACUCUAGCCGUGCGGCCGUUGCGUGAUUCAUUGGUCUCCUCCAGACUGACUCUUGCUUCGUGAUGUUGGUCUUGGUCAUGGCAAUGGACGCAGCAGCUGUGGUCUGGGCGAUGGGCCUGGGAGUUGUCGGAGCCGUUCUCAUGAUCCUGGCUGCGGUCUGGACCAUUGUCUUGAUCGUCUUUGCGGGCAUGGCUGCAGCUGGAGCAAUCCCCAUGUUCGCGACUGUAGGGGCCUCUGUGGUCUGGGUAAUUGUCACUGUCAUGGCUGUGGUUGGAUAAAUGACCGCGUUGAGGUCUUUGGACGCGGCAGCUUUGGGCGGAGUAAUCAUUCUGAUGUCUAUGACUGGGGCUAUCGUCAAAGGCAUGGCCGUCUCUUUGAUCAGGGCGAGGUCCAUGGGUGUGGCAGUGGUCGGGGGAGUGGUCGUGAUCAUGGCGAUGGACGUGAUGAUCAUGGUCACGGACGUCCCUGUGAUUGGGGCAAUCGAUAUGGACGUGGCUAUUGACUUGGGCUCUCUGGGAGCAAUGGUCGUGGACGUGGCUAUGGACUUGGGUACCGUCAGAGGAAUGGUCGUGGACGUGGCUAUGGUCUUGGGUACCGUCAGACGAAUGGUCGUGGACGUGGCUAUGGUCUUGGGUACCGUCAGACGAAUGGUCGUGGACGUGGCUAUGGUCUUGGGUACCGUCAGACGAAUGGUCGUGGACGUGGCUAUGGACUUGGGUACCGUCAGAGCAAUGGUCGUGGACGUGGCUAUGAGUUUGCGUACUGUCGGAGCAAUGGUCGUGGACGUGGCUAUGGACUUGGGUACCGUCAGAGCAAUGGUCGUGGACGUGGCUAUGGACAUGACCGCGGUCGGAGCAGCAGUCAUGGAGAUGGCUAUGGCCGCGGCUGUGGUUGGAGCAGCUCUCGUGGGCAUGGUCAUGGCUGAAGCUGGUGGGGCAGAGAAGAGGGGCCAAGUUGAUGCGCCACCCGUGCUCGGGAAUGCGGAGAUCGUCUCUCGAGCAUUUCACUUCUUCCGUGCCAUCCUUAGUCCCACCACAGCGACCUCCAUGGUGCGAGCAGCACUCCCUGCUCGCACCAGUUGCUUCGAUGCCGUGGUGCGGGGUUCUGCAAACAUCCCGGCCGUGGUGGUGAGCACCGAUAUUGCCAUGUGCAUGCCCCUUGUGGGACGAUCUGCGGCAUCUGCCUGCUUUCCCGUGCCUCGUCGCAUUCAACAGUAGCAUGCUGUUGAAGAUGACGAGUAGGCAGGUGCCGACGUCGGAGACGAUGGCCGCCCACAGCAGCGGGUGCCCGGAGAGCGCUAGGGCGAGGAUGGCGGCCUUCGUCGCCACCGACAACACGAGGUUCUCGAUGAUCUUGCGACGAGUCCUCCUGCCGAGCCUUAUGGCCUCGGGGAUCUUCCGGACGUCGUUGGACAUCAAGGUUAUGUGGCUAGUUUCCAUGGCCACGGCGGAGCCCGAUAUGCCCAUCGAGAUCCCCACGUCGGCCGUCAACAGCGCCGGCGCGUCGUUCAUCCCGUCUCCGACCAUCACCGUGGGGCCUUCUUUGCCCCUGAGUUCCUUCAGAAUUCUCACCUUGUCUUCAGGCAGGAGCUCUGCGUGAACGACGCCCAGAGCAUUCCCCAACUGCACCAAUCAGAGGAUGAAAAGAAAAUGAAGGCCGCAUCGUCAGGAGAUGGUAUGGAAACGGAGCGGUUUUUAUGUGAAUGCCGCAGCGACUGGAUCGUUGUCCCAGACCUGCUUCUGGGCGAACAUGGCCGCGGCGCAGCUGUCCCCAGUGAGCAUCGCCGUCUUAAUCCGCAAGCGGUGCAACUCUCUAAUGGCCUCCGCCACCCCGGUCCGGCAGGUGUCGGUGAGGCUGAAUAUCCCCAGAAGCUCGGCACCGGAGAAGACGUAGCCAACCGUGGCUCCUCUCAUAUCCUUCCCCACGCCUAGAUCUGCCGCAGGACUGAACGAAUUCAAAACCAACACGCGAGGGUCCCAUUUGCAGGAGAUACACGAAAAUAAGAUGAAUAUCAUCUUCUUCUACCUGCUGCACACCCGGUCCUCGCCGCAAUUCGCUGGUUUCCAAUGUACAGGGACCUCCCAUCAAUCUCUCCGUAAAUGCCUUCCCCAGGGAAUAUCUGGAACUCGCUCACCCUUUCUGUCUUCGGCUCCACGGAAUUCGAGCGAGCGAAGUCAACCAAGGCAGCUGCCAUGGGAUGACUGGCCUUGCUCUCGACGCUGGAUACCCUGAAAGGAAAGGAACUUUCCCACUCUCAGCCGAACAUAGUUCGACUAACUGCUCUCCGGGUUGACCCUACGAUUUGUUCUUACCAGUAGAGAAGCGACUCCUUACUGACGUCAGUGCUGACCGGGUGGAAGUCAACGACGAUAAACUCGCCCCUGGUGAUGGUCCCGGUCUUGUCGAAGGCCACAACCUUGGCCCUGCCGAGCGUCUCCAGGAAAUCUCCCCCCUUCACCAGGAGGCCCGACCUGGCGGCGCUGGUGAGGGCACAAAAGGUCGCCACCGGCGUGGAGAGGACGAGUGCGCAGGGGCAUGCGCUCACCAAAAGGACCAGGGCGAGACGGAGCCAGCGCUUGACGUCGUUGAGCUUCAACGCCAGAGGAAGGAUGGCGAGGAGCGCUGCCAUCAGCACCAGACCUGCGACAUCGGCGAAAUUAUAUCAGAUCGUUUAUUUCCAUCCAAGAUUAUCACGGCAAUGA